AUGGCGUGGCAGCCCUGGGAGGCCGUGAGCUCCCCACAGCUGGGGGUGCUCAAGCGGAGUGAUACUGCAGAGGAGAGUCUUGGGGGUGGGGCGGAAAUUGAGUUAGAUGACCCCAGAGGCCACGAGAUAAUCUGUUCUACAAAUCUCAUAAUUCUGCUGGAGGAUGAAAUCUUUGCUGAUUUUUUCAACACGUUUCUUUCUCUCCCGGUCUUCGGUCAGACACCAUUUUAUACAGUUGAAAAUGCACAAUGGAGCUUGUGGCCAGAAAUACCUCAUGACUUGAUUCCAAAGUACAAAGGAUUAUUGACCUGGCUGGGAAAAUACCGGUUACCUUUCUUCUGUAAAACCAACUUGUGUUUCCAUUACAUUCUUUGUCAAGAGCUCAUCAGUUUCAUUAAUUCCCCAGAAGGAGCCAAGAUGAUGAGAUGGAAAAAGGCAGACCAGUGGCUACUCCAGAAAUGCAUUGGCGGGGUCAGAGGGAUGUGGCGCUUCUGUACCUACCUCAAGGGCAGUGCAGGUGAAGAGCUGGUGGAUUUCUGGAUCCUUGCUGAGAAGAUCCUGGGCAUAGAUGAGAUGGACUUGGAAUUGAGAGACCACUACCUAUCUCUCCUCCUCAUGCUGAAGGCCACCCAUCUUCAGGAGGGCUCACGGGUCGUGACCCUCUGCAACAUGAACAUCAAGUCGCUCCUGAACCUUUCCAUCUGGCAUCCCAACCAGUCAACCACCAGGCGGGAGAUCUUGAGCAACAUGCAGAAAGUGGCUCUGUUCAAACUCCAGAGCUAUUGGCUUCCCAACUUCCACAUUCAUGCCAAGACCAUCAUAGCUAAGGAGGAUUCAUGCCAGCAUCUGAUGCAAGAGUAUGAGACUCGCCAGUGCAGUCUUUGCUGUUCCCAUUUAGGAGAGCUCCCUCUGAACAUGAGCAUCAAGAAGUCCUGCCACCCCCAGAGGUGGUACUCGAGCAGGAAGAUCAAACGGAAGAUGUGGCAGUUGAUAGACCAUGCCUCGUGGUCUCUAGAAUUGGAUACCAAGCCAGGCGACAAUUCUGUGUCCUCCCAGAAGAUCUCUCUUCAGGAGAAAGUGGUUGUACACAUGCCUUCCCUGAAAAUGGCCUCUUCAAAGGAGGGAAUAACCAGUUCCCUGGGAAAGGACGGUCUCAGUGCCAAGAAGUCCAACAUGAAGAAGAAAGCCAAGAGCCAUCUCCACAUGGAGGGCCUCUUUGAGACAAAGAUCUCUACCCACCUGAGGAUGGCCACCCCCAUCAUCCGUCACUCCCCCCGUUUGACAAUCAAGGGGGCCAUCAAGAAAAGACUCUCCUUGGGGUGCACCCACUGGGCCUUGUGUGCUGAUGCCUUUGCAGGGAGUCCCUUCCGGGACCACCUGAAGAAGCUGAAUUUGAAAAUGGAGAUCCAACUCCUGGACCUCUGGCAGGACCUGCACCAUUUCCUCAAUGUCCUGAUGAAUAACAGGAAGACUGGGAAUGCCACCUUUUGGCACAUACUGGGCAACCGGAUCUGUGAGCUCUACCUGAAUGAACAGAUUGGUCCACGCUUACCACUCAAAUCCCAAACCAUUGAGGGUCUGAAGGAGCUGCUGCCUUCUGGGAAUAUGAACCCCUGGAUACCCAAAGCCCAGGAGGAGAUCUGCCAGAUGCUCAGCUCCUGGUAUGAUGAAUUCCUGAAUGAAGAGGACUCCUUGUUUCUCACUUAUGCAACUCAGGCCAAUGUCAACCACACGAGGAAGCAUAAGAAAGACUCUAUAAGCAAACAAGAGAACAUGCUUCUUUAUAAGAGAUUGGAGGAGUCCCUGGCACUAAGCCAGGGUCUGGCUAACAUGGAGGAAAUGGAUUCGGCGCAGUGGAGAAAACUAGCUACUGAGGACCUGAGACAUGACGGGUCUCUCCGGGUAGAACUGAAGUCUCCAGUGUUUCUGACAGAUAUAGAGAAAAUGUCCUUUGAGGAACUCUGCUACAAGUAUCCAAAGGUGGCCAUAGAGAAGAUAAGUGAGGACUACAAAAUAUAUUGUGAAAAAGCACCUACUAGUAAGACGGAUUACCGGUAUAAAGUCUAUCGUCAGGUAAUUACCAGAGAACCAAAGACACUUUCACCCCCACAUAAGGAAGCGUCCGUAAAAAAGAUUCCUGCCGUAAGGAAGCCUUCACACGGACCCAGAAACCUGGCAGAAAUCUUUCGAAAUGUACAGCACUUGGAGUACUUCACGGAGUUCCUCAAAGAACGGAAGGCUGAGGGCCCAUUGCAAUUCCUGAUGGCAUUACAGAAGAUCAGUAUUGAGACAGACCAACAGGUCUCCAGGUCUCUUGUUGAAAAUAUAAUGGAGACUUAUUUCUCUGGCAUAGUCCCUGCUGAAGAAAUGCUGCAGUGUGAUGACCCUAUCAUCAGAGAAGUCUCUCAGAAGGGCCGUCUCAGCACAAACUCAUUGUUAAUCCUCCAGAGCUGUGUCAUGAAAUCUCUGGAAGAAAGGUGGUUUAAAGAAUACCAAGAGCUGUUCCCAGAUUUUCCUCAGGAAGUGCAAACUCAGAUACUAACUGUGUAUAGGAAGCCCUCGAAGUCUUCAUCAACGCAAAUACAGGAACCCCAGAAAAGAAUCUGGCCGAAAUUGGUCAGCUUUGUCAAGAGCUUUUGUAAGUACCGCAGAUGCAUGAACAAUGUCAACUUGCGCCAGGAGUUUGAAAAAUAUCUCCACCUGGAACUUAACAACAAGGAAAAUUACCCUGCAUCACCAAAUGUACCAGCACGCCCAUCCCCACAUCACUCAAAUGUCCGGAGUGCAGACGAGAAUGGAGAUAUAAUCUUGAUGAAGCGCCGUAUAUUUGGCCACAGGGUUAUCACUGUCAACUUUGCCCUCAGUGAUUUAUAUUUCUUUUCUGAAAUGGAGAGGUUUAACGAUUUGGUGAGCUCCGCUCAUGUGCUUCAAGUCAGCUGGGCCUAUAACGAGAAUGACGUGAUCCUCAUGAAGUCCAAGAUCAACAUCAUCCUAAAGCUCUACCUGCAGUCCGAGGUCCCUCCGAGGCUGAGGGUGAACAUCACUGAGACCCAGAGGGAUGCCAUCAUCUCUGCCAUUGCCGAGGGCCGCCUGGAUCGGAACAUCUUUCACGGGGCCAUCGUGUCUCUCUUCCCCGUCAUUAUGUACUUCUGGAAAAGCUGGUUACUCACCUGGCCUGUGGUUCACCAUGGCCCCAGCCCACACCUCCACAUCGUGAAUGGCAACACCCUGGGAGAACAUGCCAUCUUAAGAUUCUCCUUGCUCAGAGGUAUCGAGUGGUUGCGGCCUCAGCAGCGAGAUGCAAUAGCAAGUUCAGUCCAGAAUUCUUCAUCGACAAGCAACCUGACCCAGACAGGACAUACCGUCUCCUCCAUGCAGCUGUUUCCUGUCUUAGGAAAAAAACCAUCUGGCAUCAAAAAGGAGAAGAAGUAAUCUAGCCGGGCCCCCCAACAGAGACGCAUCAUCUCUCAGAAGCUUCCUGGCACUGACAGAACCUUUUCUGGUCAGAAAAGAAAUGCCCUGGCACCCUCUGCCCUGGAAAGAUCCGUGGGGUGACGUCAGUGGUCAUUCUGGAUGCUUGAAGAACUUUCUGGUUUCUCGGGAAGCUCACACGACCCAUUCAGACCAAAGAGUGACAGAAAGAGGUAGAGGAAAACAAAACCAGAGAGACUGAGCGAGACCUGCCUUCCACCUUCAGGAGCCUUUUCAGUUUCGUGUGUCAGGGAGUGACAUGAGAUCGCCCCUCUUUCUACAGAAGUAUGAAAAGACGCCUGCCCCUCAUUUUGAGUGCCUCCAACUGAUCCAAGUGUCACCCCAGAGGCGGGGGCAGCUUGUGUGCAGCUCGGGGUGCUCGUCCCCAUCCCCACACCUCAACCGGGGCUGCAGAUCAUUAAUUAGAAUAAAGCAUGUCCACAUUCACAGUC